UGGUUUGAAUGAAAAAAGAUUUAUUUCUGUCAAAAUGUUGGCGUGUGUUUGUUGACAUGUGUUGAACAACUGUGUAUUUUCUGCUUGUUGACUUCAUUUUUAUUUAAAUGAUUCGUUUUCGUAGCAUGAUUUCGAUAACUCGAUAUCGUUUAUAUGUGUUUUUAAUUAUAGUUGCUGUAUUAGCGCCUUUUUAUAUUGCAUUGUCGCGUUUUCAAGAUGAAUUGAGUAACCAACUUAAAGAAACAAAAACUGACUUUUAUAAAGCUGAAAUUGAACAGAAGCGUAGAAAAAGACUUGUUGACAAAACAUGUCAAUUUUUGAAGAUAAAUCAAACUAUUGAAGAUAUUCCACCUUCAUAUUUGGACCAUUUUAUAGUUGAUGAUACUCACAAGUUAAUAUACUGUUUUGUACCAAAGGUAGCAUGCACGAAUUGGAAGCGUAUUUUGUUAUCACUUCGAAAUUCUGAGGCCAAAGAUCCUUUAUCUAUUGCUGGUAAUGAAACUCAUCAGGCAAAUGUGUUCAAAACUCUUAACCAGUUUACUCCUGAAGAAAUCAAAACAAAACUUAGGGACUACUGGAAAUUCUUUUUUGCACGACAUCCAUAUGAAAGGAUAUUAUCUGCUUACAGAAAUAAAUUUGAAGACAGUUAUGUAGAUUAUUUCAGAAAACGUUUUGGUACGGAAAUUAUCAAAAAGUUUCGUAUUAAGCCAUCUAAAGAAUCAUUAGAAAAAGGGCAUGAUGUUAAGUUUGCAGAAUUCAUUAACUAUAUUGUUAGUCUUAAAGUAAAUGACUGGAAAAAGCAAUUUAAUGAACAUUGGAGGCCAGUAUUUGAUUUGUGUUUUCCAUGUCAUGUUGACUAUGACUUUAUUGGAAAGUAUGAAACGUUAGAAGAUGAUGCCAAUUACAUACUUAAAAAAACUGGUAUUUCAAAGUAUGUUAAAUUCCCUGAGAGGGUCCAAAGUUACAAAAAGCAACCUACAAAAGAUGUAAUGCAGACUUAUUAUCGGAAUUUGUCAACAAAUUUACAUAGGAAGCUAUUCGAAAUUUAUAAAGAAGAUUUUACUCUUUUUGAAUAUGAUUUGAUGUAUUUAUGAUAGAACUCUAUUAUUUAUAUUGAAAUCUUGACAAUUAUUUUUUUGCAAUCAUGACUGUUUGUGUUUAACAGGUGCCUUGUCUAUUUUGCCUACAGGUAACUGUAUAUUUUGAAUGCUUAAUGACAUAAUCAGUGUAAUUCCAUUUUGAUUGUUAUCUUAAUUUCAAAAUGAUCAAAAAUUGUUUCAGAUAAUUUUUUAUUAUAUUUUGCACAGAAUAAUCUACUCUACUUUUGUUUUUCUAUAUUUUAGCUGAUGUGUUGAGCUUAUUUCAAAUUUAUGAUAUAAUCAUGCUUUUAAAAGCUUUCAUAACUGUCUAUUUGAAUUGUAAUAGACUAUAAAACAUGUGUGUUUUGAGCAUUUUUAUUUUAGUUAUUUGUUAGAAAAUCAUUACAUGUUUGGAAACUGUGAAUUUUACUUAUGAUAUACUUCAAAACUUCUUAAUUUAUGGAUUAUGACCCUAAAUAAAAUCGUGUAAAACAAUACUGGUCAUCAAAUUUUCUAGUGCAUUUUUUCACCCUUAGUAUUUUUAGCAUGUGUAAAUAUAAUCAUAAUAAUGUUAAUCAUCUUUGCUAACAAAAUUUUUUUUAAACUAGCCGAAUAAUUACCUUUAUUUGGAUCUCUUUUUUAUUCAUUUAUAACCUAAUUUUUAUUUUCAAUUCUGGGAUCAUAAUAAAAUUCUGAAUCACAAAAAUGAAAUGUAAAAAGUGGGAAAUAUUUAAGAAUUGAUUUACAGCAUGAAUGUUUACACAUACACAUACAUCAGUUGAUUCAGAUUGCUAUAGUCAGCAGUUGCUGCAGGAUAUAAUUAUAAUGAUUGUAAUUGUAUCCAGUUAUUUUAUUUGUUUUCCAUUCCAUCUAUUGUAGGUGAAGCUAUGGAAAGGCUAGGUAUAAAAUAUUGAUGAAAUAGACCUACAUAAUUAUAUUAAAUUUAAUUAUUAAAGUUGCCCUGGAGUAAUUUUUGAAUAAAUUUAAAAGAAUCAUGUUAAUAAGCUCAUAUAUUUUGUUAAAAAAUGCAGCCACUCUUACAUUUUCAAUGGUAUCUAUUUUUAUAGUGGAUGUUGUUUAUUAUAAUUAGAUUUCGAUUAAAUUUCAUUUGUUAGGAAAUUGUUACUCUUUUAUUGAAUUUAUUUUUUGAUAAAUGGGAGCUGCUAAAAUUUACAAUUCAGAGAUUGGAUUAUUUUUGAUUUAAACAUCUAUAAUAAUAAUUUUUUUUUAUUAUAUUUUAAAAACUUACUUGUUAUGGAUCAUUCUAAAAUUACUAUUGAAUUCAUAUUGCUUCAGCAUAUUUUUGUUAUUACCAAUGCAAUAGUCCUCUGAUUGGUUCAUAAUAUGUUUGGAUAUCAUUAUAUAGUUAUAUUGCAGAAAUUUUAUUACAGAUAUGUUAAAUAAUUCUGUUUAAGGAAUUGUGAAUGUGUUUAUAUAUAGUCCUUAGAUCUUAAAAUACUUUACAUUUUUAUUUUCCCAAUAAACCAUAGUUGUAGUUAUUCAUAAAAAUAUAUGUUACUAGUAUAAUUAUUAAAUUCGAAUUGAUAUAAAUUUUUCCUUUAAUGUAUUCAAUUGGUGAUUUAUGCAUUUAGAAACCAAAAGUAACAAGAGGCAUAUGUACUGUUUCAAUUUGUUCAAGAAUAACUUUUAUGGAAGUUUUCUUUUAUUUAUUUCAAAGUAAGCAUCCCUGUCCCCCUGAAAAUUUCAAUCAUAAAUUAUUGAUACACUAAUAUUAGCAAUGAAUAUAAUUUAACAGUUAGCAAUCAGUUGCUAGUUAAUAACAUCAGUUGUUGGUUAUAUUAUUUUCAAAGCAGUAUCCAAAUGAAGCAUGCUUUUGAAUUUGGAUGGAAAUUUAAGUAUUGAAGAGAGAUUGAUUGAAUAUAUGCGCAGCUUUACUGGAGAUGCAAUAUUUUUUUUAAAAAUAAAUCUUCUGUUAUAUAUGUAUAAUUUUAAUAUGCUGUACUUUCUGUGUUAACAUUUAAAUUUUCCUAAAUAUUUUACAAAUUUUUAUGUUGAAAAUUAUUUUACUAGCUACUUAAAUAGGUCUGUUCCCAAGACUUCCAGCAUUAAAUUUUUUUGUAGUUAGUGUACAUUAAAUUUAAAUAAAAUAUGAUUUAUUGUGAAUGCAUUUUUACAAAGUGAUUAUAAGGAAGCUAUUUUUAUUCUUCCCAGUUGGACACAGACCUAAAUUUGCAUGUGCUAUUUUCCAUUAAAAAAAAUGUUUUAUAUUUUAAAGCAUGAAAUAGAAUCUCAUUUAUUUGUAUCAUUUGUUUCAACUUUGUAUUGUUGUUUAUGUUAAAUGUGCACAAAGAUCUGUGUACAUUUAACAUACAUCUGUGUAAAUUUUUUGC